GUGUUGUGAAGCGGGUUUUCGUAGUGCUGCCGCACAACUCUCGUGAAAUUCCUACUCGGCGAUUCAUUUUGUUUAUUUCAUUUUAUUUAACCGAGUAUACAACAGCGCCAAAAUGGGACCCGAGGAGGAACUGCUGUUCCGGAACUUCCAGCGCCUGAAGAGCUACAUGUUCGACGACGAAAAAGUGUCCACGACCACGUCCCGCGAGCAGCAAAAAACAGAGGCUUCGGUGGAGAAAUGCUUCGACCGCUUUGAGCAGCUGAUGUUCACCCACCCGCGCCUCACCCAGAUCUUCCGGCUGGAGCACCAGUACUACUUGGACGCGAUGCUGCGGCGACUGCCUUCCAACUACGAGUGCCUCGACAGCAGUCGUCCGUGGUGCGUCUACUGGAUCCUGCAGGCGGCACAGCUUCUUAGCUUUAACUUUGACGACCAGACACUGGACCAUGUCGUGCAGUUCCUAAGCAACUGCCGUUCGCCGACGGGGGGCUUUGGUGGAGGACCUGGACAAUAUGCCCACCUGGCGCCCACUUAUGCAGCGGUUAACAGCCUUUGUAUCAUUGGCACCGAGCAGGCUUACCGCGCCAUCGACCGACCGACCUUAGUUCAGUUUCUAUUCAGCGUGCGCGAAUCGGACGGCUCAUUUCGGUUACACGUGGACGGCGAGACAGAUGUGCGUGGCGCUUAUUGUGCCAUUUCCUGCGCCAAGCUGCUAAACCUUCCGGAGCCAGUCAUCAAAGAGCUAUUCGCAGGCACAGGCGACUGGAUAGCCCAGUGUCAGACCUACGAGGGCGGAUUUGGAGGCGCCCCUGAUCUAGAGGCCCAUGGCGGCUACACCUUCUGUGGGAUUGCCGGUCUGGCGCUGCUCAACGAGGCAACCAAGUGUGACAGGCAGGCUCUGCUGAAGUGGACACUGCGACGACAAAUGACCUAUGAAGGAGGUUUCCAGGGCAGGACCAAUAAGCUGGUCGACGGCUGCUACUCCUUUUGGGUGGGCGCCACCAUCCCCAUCACACAAGCUACGCUAUCGGGCGUUGACAAGCAAAUGGAGCACACAUUAUUUGACGUGGAAGCCCUGCAAGAGUACAUCCUCCUGUGCUGCCAAAAACAAAACGGAGGGCUUAUCGACAAGCCGGGAAAACCCCAAGAUCUCUACCACACGUGCUAUACCCUCAGCGGCGUUUCCAUUGCGCAGCACUCUGAAUGCGCUGAUAGCCCACAAGUCCUGGGCGACACCAUAAACGAGCUACUGCCAACCCAUCCACUGUUCAAUGUCCCACCGAAAUCCGUUGCAGCUGCCAGGAGCCACUUUAGCAAUUCUAAUGCCACAGAGUUCUUGGGAGGGGAUAGCCCCAGCAAGGAGCACAGUUAAGGCUUCAGGAUUGGAUCUGGGAGAGCUUUUUACUUGAUGGUCGUUUACCUUUGACGAAAUAAAUUCGCUUUAAUAAAAUUAUCUUUGAAUACAGUA